CAUGACUGUACCAUUCCUUUGACACUUUAAACUCCCAUUGACCUUUUAAAGCUCUGGGAAACCCUCAAUUCCGGUUGAGUAUUCAUUCAAAUGUCGUCUCCAACGUAUCAGAAGCCGGAGGUGGUCUCCAUCUCUCCUCUUCUUCAACGGCUGGCCUACCCCGCUACUGCCGAUAUUCGAGUCAGCGCAGAAGACAUUGCGUCUGCAUUUGCACUGAUCUUUGAGGAUCGAUUGUCGGACAUUCAGACCGCAGCCCUCUUAACCCUACUACACUCCACGGGGAAGGACAGACAGGCUGAUGUGAUUGCCAAAUGCUCCCACCGCAUGAGAGAGGCAGCUUGCCAGAUUUCGAAACCGGAAUUGAAGAAGGUUGUCAAAGCUCGUGGUAGGCGCGAAGGAAACUACCAGGGUGGCCUGUGCGACAUUGUCGGAACCGGCGGAGAUUCUCACUCAACCUUCAACGUGUCAACCGCCUCCUCCAUUAUUGCCUCGCCGCUUCUAGUGACAGCCAAGCAUGGCAAUCGCGCCCAGACCUCAUUCUCUGGGUCUGCCGACGUCUUGAAUGCGAUCCAGCCCAUUCCUCCCAAGAUCUCCGCGGUCAAUGCGACCAACGUGGCCAAGGUCUACGAGAAGACCAACUACGCCUUCCUCUUCGCGCCCAACUUCCACCCCGGUAUGAUGUACGCCAACCCCGUCCGACGUGGUCUGGGUCUGAGGACGAUCUUUAACCUUAUGGGACCUCUGGCCAACCCCAUCGACUGGGCUAUCGAGGCACGAGUUGUCGGCGUGGCUUACCAGAGCCUGGGUCCCGUCUUUGUCGAUGCUCUCAGGCAGGCCGGUGCCAAGAAGGCACUGGUUGUUUGUGGUGAGGAGGACAUGGAUGAGAUCAGUUGCGCAGGCCCCACCAACUGCUGGAGGCUUUCAGAGUACCCCAACCCGGCGUAUAAGCCGUCCGAAGCCGACGAGGGUGACUCGAGUGACGAUGAGGAGGAGAACCCCAAAACGCUAGUCAAGCUCGACAUAUUCCAGCUUCACCCUUCAGACUUUGGUCUCCCCGUUCACCCCCUCACCGAUGUUUAUGGUCGUAAGAUGCCCAAGGACAACGCAGCUAAGCUGAUGAGCAUCCUUCGAAACGAGCUUCCUCGGGAUGAUCCUAUUCUGGAAUUUGUGCUCAUGAACGUCGCCGCUCUACUCGUCACCGCCGGUGUCUGCGAGGCCGAGACCUCUAACAUGGGUUUUGGCGAUGAUGGUAAGGUCGUCACCGAGCGUGGACCCGGUGGAGGCCGCUGGAAGGAGGGAUUGCGCCGCGCACGCUGGGCGAUUGAAAGUGGCGAGGCUCUCAAGAAUCUGGAGCAGUUCAUUGAAGUCACAAAUCAGCUGGAGUAAGCUUGUUGGAAAAGAGAUAGCUUUCGGAGUACAGAAUGUUGAUGUCAUGAAUUUUGUGUUGAUUAUCAUGUGUCUGGAAAUCUUUUAGGUCGAGAUUGAGCGGUUUUGAUUAUAUCGUCCAGGUGAUCCAGCACUCAAACGAGGGAUUCGGCUUAUAUCUGUCUGAAUUAAUUGGAAGAAUGUGAAAAGGCUCAAACAGGACAAUAUCCCCAGAUCAAAUUUUGAUUCUCCGUAGCCAGACGAGUCCAGCCACAGGUCAUAAGUCUCAUGUAUUUCAUGAAAAACUAGUUGUGUAUUUGCAACUCCAAAGCGCCAUUCGAUGCAUCGUGUCAAAAAAUCGCGCAAAAAAAAGAGGAAUCAUAGAAUAACGCGGGCCCCCGUUUCCUUCAACUCCAUAGUGUCUGGACUUCGCAAAGUCCGAGACGAUCAUCCUGCCAGUUUAGGCGCAUGUUUAACGAGCUUCGAACUGGACCAUGCUAUUGAAGAGAACGAUAUCGAGUCAGUCCGAGUACUUGGAGAUAAGAGGGUACGCCGAAAGAAGGCUGAUGGGAACUCACCGCUUAGUCCGCUCCUUGUACAGCACACGGUGACCGCACUCCUUGCAGCGAAUGUGCUCACUGCGACGGAGAGACACGCGCGACGCGCAGUGACCGCAAAUGUAGACGACCGCGGGGCUGUCGACAGCCAUACCGCUGCCGCCCUCAGCAAAGGCGUUCUGGCCACCCAUGGAGGGGACCUGGUAAGCUUCGCGGGACAUUUUUGAGGAUUGUUUGGGUUGAAGAUUGAGGUAGGGGCGUUUUCUUAGGUCGGCGGGCAACAAAUGUGAGGAGCAAAGCGAUCGAGGGU